CUUCGUUUUUCCUCUUCUUCGUCUCGCAAAAACAAGUGCCAAUGAAACUGUAAACUAUUACCGAUUACGAGUGACGUUUGUUUGUACAUUAUGAAGGCCAGUAAAUCAUACAAGCUUGUGCUCCAUAAGAGAGGAUUUGGUGCAAGUGAUGAUGAGGUGCUGGUCAAUCCAAAGGUUUUCCCUCAAAUCUGUCUUGGAGACGUCAUUGAAAUUGCACAUCCCACAGAUGAGUUCAGUCCCCUUUUAUUGCAAGUUAAGAGCUUAAAAGAAGACCUUCAAAAAGAGACAAUUAGCGUGGAUCAGGCAGUGGCACAAGCCUUCAGACUUCGUGCAUAUCAAGAUGUCGUAAUUAACAUUGUUGAGCCAAAGGAUGUCACUGUAGACCUCAUGGAACUGACCUUUAAGGACCAGUACAUUGGCAGAGGUGACAUGUGGCGGCUAAAAAAGAGUUUGGUGACCACAUGUGCAUAUGUGUCACAGAAAGUGGAGUAUGCUGGAGUCAGAUCCCAAGUUGGCGAACUGUGGGUAAAGGGAGAGAAAGUGACCUGUGGAUACAUCAGUGAAGAUACCAGGGUUGUGUUCCGAUCCACAUCUGCAAUGGUUUACAUCUUCAUCCAAAUGAGCUGUGAGAUGUGGGACUUUGACAUAUAUGGUGAUUUGUACUUUGAAAAGGCUGUGAAUGGUUUCCUUUCUGACCUUUUCGGCAAGUGGAAGGAAAAGAAUUGCAAUCAUGAAGUGACAGUUGUGCUCUUUUCACGUACGUUCUACAAUGCCAAAUCAAAAGAUGAAUUUCCUGAGAGUCUGAGAGCAUCCAUCCAACAGGAUCUUGAAGGACGUUUUUAUGAAGACUUCUAUAGAGUUGUUGCUCAGAAUGAGAGGCGCGAUGACUGGGCGUCCUUAUUGGUCACUGUCAAGAAUCUCUUCAUUCAGUAUCCUGUCCUGGUGCGACUUAAAGAAGGAGAUGGCUUUCCCACUGGAUAUAAUUCAACUUCUGCUCAGGGAAACUACUUGGAAGCCAUCAACCUUUCUUUUAACGUGUUUGACAAACAUUAUAUCAAUCGUAACUUUGACCGGACUGGUCAGAUGUCAGUGGUCAUCACCCCAGGAGUCGGAGUUUUUGAAGUUGACCGUCUGCUCAUGAUUCUGACCAAGCAACGGAUGAUUGAUAAUGGUAUUGGUGUUGACUUGGUGUGUAUGGGAGAGCAGCCAUUACAUGCAGUACCGCUCUUUAAGUUGCAUUAUAAAUCGCCACCUGACUUGUGCGUGGGGAAUGACUAUCAUCUGCCUCACUGGAUCAACCACAGCUUCUACACCUCUAAAAGUCAGAAUUCAUGUAAUACCUUUAUUCCCCGACUCAAGCUCGCUGGUCACAAGCGUUAUUUUGAAAAACUCAAGCGAGCCAUCGAUCAAACUUUGUGUAUACAAAAGGAGUGUGACAAUGGCCUGCCGAUGCAAGUGGACUACGAUGCCUAUGACUCUCAGGUUUUCCGACUGCCUGUUCCUUCACUGAUUCAGAGAAGCCCCGGUUGCAGGGUGGGUCGGGCUAAAGAAAGAACGGGAAAGAAAAACUGUGGCUCAGUUGAUGUCGCAACUGGCAUAGGCACAUCACCUCCUUUGUGCUUUGCUGGUGCUGAUGAACAACAUAGCCUGGCGUCUGAUGAUAGUCUGGGCCCGGUGUCCAACUCCAACAUGUUUUUGAUACCCAGGAUGCCCUCUAUGGCUUACGAAAUCAGUAGUUCACUAGGAUGCACCUGUGCCAGAGAGUCAAUUGAGAAGACGACGGACUCUCAACGAGACUCAAGUGCCCCUGCUCGCUUCACGGUGGGCAGCGCAGAGUCCAGCCUGUACCUGCAGCCGGGUGGUUAUACUCCCCAGAGAGCGCUUAUAAAUCCCUUCACACCAACCAGGAUCCCAAUGAAACUCACGUCAAACCGUCGUCGUUGGAUGCACACAUUCCCUGUUGAUCCUUUUGGAGAAGCUAUUCAAAUCCAUCACCAGACCAGGAAGGACGUUGCUGAGUUGCAAGACAGCUAUCUGAGAGAUAUUGGCUACACAUCAGCUGAACUGCUGGAACUCUCAUGUCAUGAGUCCACAGAAAGGGAAACUUCCUACCAACAAGCAGAUGAGAAUGCUCCGUGCAUUAGUGGAGUGGCAGAAGAAUACACUCCUAGCAGUAUUGUUGGGACCGACAGUUCUUCUGAAUUUGACGACUCUUCCCAAAGUGGUGCCAAUCCAAUACCCAGCUUCUGCUGUACCGUGGGAGUUGACUGGAAAUCUCUGACCACACCAGCCUGCUUGCCCCUCACCACUGACUACUUUCCUGAUCGUCAAAUGCUACAAAGUGACUACACCGAGGGAUGCUAUGACUUACUGCCACACAGUGAUCUGGAGAGGCGAGAAGAUGAAGCGUCGGGGAUGAAUGCGACGCAAGUCUUCGAAGAGUUUGUCUGUCAGAGGUUGAUGCAAGGCUAUCAGAUCAUUGUCCAAUCUAAUAGGCGGAGACGGCAGCCCUCAGUGGCUACUCCGCUUGGCAGCAGUCCUUUAUACACCAGAGGUUUGGUUUCACUGCGUCGAGGAGAUGAGGAAGAGGCAGUUUACUGGCUAAGUAUGGGUAGGACCUUCCAUAAAGUUUGCCUCAAAGACAAGAUACUCACAGUUACUCGAUAUUUGCCAAAAUACCCAUAUGAGUCCGGUCAUAUUCAGUACAGUUACAACCUGUGUCCUCCACACGUGGAUGCUCAGUUUGUCCCUUGUUGGGUUGAGUUUUCACAUGAAAGACCCGAAGAAUAUAAAUGGAAUUACUUGGACCAAUACAUUUGCUCCAGUGGAUCUGAAGACUUCAGUUUGAUCGACUCUCUUAAGUUCUGGAGGACAAGAUUUCUCUUACUCCCAGCUGGAGGAGCGCGCCGUUUGGCUGACGGAGAUGGGCGCUGGGAUGUGUAUGGUGAUGGAGCUAAUGCGGGAAUGAAUAGCGGCGAUUGGGUCCUGCUAGAUAACUUCAUUCGCUUCCUUGAAGGAGUCAAUCGUAUCCGACGGCGUCAUCGUUCUGACAGGAUCAUUAGAAAAGGUACCCAAAUGAAGACAAUGCAUUCUGUCCUUUCAUACCCUCCCGAACCCUUGGUCCCUCCCCAAGGCAAAAAAGGAACAUCAGUUUUAUCAGCUUUACUGGAGAUGGAUCAGAACCAUCGGUCAUUGGAGGAGCAACAGCAGAAGCCCAAGCCCGUCACAUCUGUUUCUGAACUCUACAAUGGAGAAAGUCAAUGCAAGUUUGCUGCGGAAUACAGUGAAGCAGUGGACAAAGUAGGACUGACAGCCGGCACAUCUGUACAGUCUGGAGCAGAGACCGCAUCUGGCAGUAACAUUGACCCGAGAUUAGCAGCAUGCAGUGGGCAGUCUGUAAUGGAAGACUUUUUUCUGUCCUCUUCGUCAACACUUUUGGAAAUCCUCGAGGCCAUCAAAAAUCCCACGACCGGUGUACUACUACUCCCAGAGCAGAGGGGCCUGCCAGUCAACUGUUUCAUAAGCGCUGAGGUCAUCCACUGGCUAGUCAACAAUGUUGAGGGCAUAGCCACACAGAGCAUGGCUGUUGAACUUAUGCAGAAAAUGCUUGAGGAAGGUUUGGUGGCCCAUGCAUCUGGAGAUGCAAUGCGGACCUUUGUUUAUGGCUUCUACAUUUAUAAGAUUGUGGAGGAGAAGGAAGCAAGCUCACAGCUACCCCAGUCGGCGGCUUGUGGCUGGUCCCCUGCAGCCCUGGAAGACUUGUCCCUCUUUCAGAAAAAAUGGUUUGAGGUGGCCUUCGCGUUAGAGGAGCAACAACCCUGUGACCUACCGGCAUUCCUCUUACCCUGGUUGCCUAGUCGACCAGCCUCUUAUGCAAGCAGGCAUAGCUCUUUCAGUCGCAGUUUUGGCGGACGCAGUCAGUCAGUUGCACUGCUAGCUGCCACAGUUCCAGAGCAAAAGACAGUUACUUUGGAUGUGGAUGUGAAUAAUCGCCGUGGAAGAACUGAGUGGUGCACCUGUUAUUAUCAUGGCAACUUCUCCCUCAAUACUGCCUUUGAGAUCAAACUUCAUUGGAUGGCUGUCACUGCAGGAGUCCUCUUUGAGAUGGUUCAAGGUUGGCACAGAAAAGCGGCAUCCUGUGGUUUCUUAUUGGUCCCUGUGUUGGAGGGUCCGUUCGCACUGACAUCACACCUCUACGGAGAUCCACUUAGAGCCCAACUCUUCAUUCCUCUGAAUAUUCAUUGUCUCAUGAAGAAUGGUUGCGAGAAUCUGUUUGAAGGUUUUGAACCAGAAACCUACUGGGACAGGAUGCAGCUUUUUCAAGAGGCCAUAUUAUACAGAUUUGGGUUUGUACUCGACAAGUUUUCGGCUUCGUCAUUUAAUUUCCCUUCGGAGAACAGGCCUCAGUACAUCCAUUUAACAGGCACUGUGCUGCUACAAGUGCCGUACUCCAAAAGAAAGUAUACCAGUGGACAACAACGUCGCCGCAGGAACUCCACCACAUCCAACAGCCAGGGGUCAAUCAGUGAUGCAUGAAAGGAAACUUCCAUCUUUUACAUCUGUGAGGGCUCUGGCUCUACCUCUCAGCCCUUGGAGCUCUGGCAAGGGGUCGAUCUGAAAAGUAAAAAAAAAUAUUCUAUUGAGGUGGUAAUAUAUGGGGCGGUUAAUCUGAAACAUGGGGUUAAGCAAGAUCUAACUCUGAGACGACCAGGUCUGAGACGUGGCUUAUAUUACCAUGGCAACAUUCCCCAGUUUCAACAUAUCCACCUUUCAGAGUCCCGGUUAGCUGGGAAGUUAGGCUGCACGCGAUUAAGUUACUCUCAAAGUUACCCUGAUAAGCCAAAAAAACGGCUUUGUAGUACAGGCCACAGGACUAAAGGCAGCUUGAUUGUAUUUAUUUUAGGGUUUUACAGACCCCAAUCACGUGACGUCACAACUCCGCCCCCCUGACUGGUGCCACCAUAUUGUCCGUCAGCUCAUCGUGUUUACAUAUUACCACUACGUACAUUCCUCCUAUUACUGCGUGUUUUCCUGCUUGUCUAAGGAAUCACCGCCUAGUAGACGAACCCAAAAAUCUUCCUGACAGUCGUUAACAUUGAUUAAUCAAAAUGGUGUAGGCAUGUCUGGCGGUUGGUUGCAGUAACAGAGAAGCUAAACGGCCAUUUUAGUAGUUACUGUGUGCCCAUUGUUAAAAGGGCAAAUCUCUAAAGCAGCACGGUUUGUUCAUCUCGGUCCAUGAUGCGUUUCUGUCGACAGCCGUCAAACAGCGGCGAAAACAUCAAUAGUCAUGAUGCAAACACAAUCGCAGACGUCAUCAGACGGAGACUAUGAAGCUCGUUGCCACGGUCGCGCAGCAAGAAGGUGAGCGCAACAACAGGUGUUGUGCAUAAAAAUAGCCGCCCUGCAUGAAAUGUCCCCCCUGACGGGAGCACCCACACGGAAACGACUUUCUUGUACCGUGAAUAUGUAUUAUUUUACUCUGCUUGAACUAAUAAAUGUCAUACCUGUGUGAUUGUCAUUGGGAUAUGGUCGUGAAAACCUGUAGACUAGAGCUGAAAUGAAUACAAGAGCAACUCGAGUAACUCGAGUUUAAAAACUGAUCCGAGUAAUUUUAUUCACCUCGAGUAAUCGUUUAUUUUGACAGCUCCAAGCAUCACGUUUUACUCGGACUACUUCUAAUGCGGGACAACGCACUGAUGUCACGUGCAUAGAGGAAGAAGCAAAAAAAAAAAAAAAAAAACUUACUGCAGCCGACAGCCGCUACAAACGACACCGACGUUGCUAACUAGCCCGAAAACAUCAAUAGUCAUGAUCGCAGACAUCAUCAGACGGAGAUUAUGAAGCUCGUUGCCACGGUCGUGCAGCAAGAAGGUGAGCGCAACAACAGGUGUUGUGCAUAAAAAUAGCCGCCCUGCAUGAAAUGUCCCCCCUGACGGGAGCACCCACACGGAAACGACUUUCUUGUACCGUGAAUAUGUAUUAUUUUACUCUGCUUGAACCAAUAAAUGUCAUAUCUGUGUGAUUGUCAUUGGGAUAUGGUCGUGAAAACCUGUAGACUAGAGCUGAAAUGAAUACUCGAGCAACUCGAGUAACUUGAGUUUAAAAACUGAUCCGAGUAAUUUUAUUCACCUCGACUAAUCGUUUAUUUUGACAGCUCCAAGCAUCACGUUUUGCUCGGACUACUUUUAAUGCGGGACAACGCACUGAUGUCACGUGCAUAGGGGAAGAAGCAAAAAAAAAAAAAAAAAAACUUACUGCAGCCGACAGCCGCUACAAACGACACCGAAGUUGCUAACUAGCCCGCAUGAUGCUACUUUGGUAGCAGGUAGCGUCUGAUGAGUCUCAUAGAGAUCACAUGUAUGUUGAACUAGAUGCAGGAUGACAGACUCGGCCGCGUCUGGGCAGCGUUAGUAAACAGCCGCCAUCUUAAAGCAGUAGAGCCCUAAGCGCUAAUAAAGAGUGCUAAGCGCUAAUAAAUAAGAUUAACAUUACUGUCUCUAGCUCACGUAACGUUAGCCCUGCGGAGGGCUAGGUUUCUAUUAAUUAUGACCACUGUCGAUGCGUGGCUAACGUGUCUUACAUACAGGCUUUAACAUAACAUAACGAUGUGGAGUGACGAGGGUGUAAAAUAAAAACUCAAUAAUGCUAACUAUCAAUUUUAGCUCAGUAGUCAUUGCUGGAUAAAACACCAAGUAACACUGGUCCCUAAUGUGCUCCAAUACAGCCUGUAUCAUACAUUUAUUUUGAACACUGCAAAAACUCAAAAUCCUAUCAGGACUUACAGUUUAGACUAACUUAAAACUUAACUUGAACUUAAAAAUGGCUUGUCACAAAUAGAAAUUCAAUUGAAACACGUGGGAAAAAAUCCUAACUUUUCAGUGAUGUGCGUUAUCAAGCGUAAAGGCAUUUUUAGGUAUAUAUAUCUAUAUCUAUACAUAUAUAUAUAUAUAUAUAUAUAUAUAUAUAUAUAUAAUAAGAUCUAAAGGUUAUUUGAGUGAUAGCAGUGAAUUGGUCUUUUUUUUAUUGUAGGCACAUCUAAGAAGCAAUUGUUGGCUGUUUUCAACAAUGUACAUCGAAAAUAAAGACAUUGAUUGACUGAAAAUGGUUCAAUAUUAGAUGAAAUGUCUUGUUUUCUCAUGUAUAUUUAUAAUUGCUCUUCACCUAAAAAUAUAUUAGUUUUAUCCGAUUACUCGAUUAAUCGAUAGAAUUUUCAGUCGAUUACUCGAUUAUUAAAAUAUUCGAUAGCUGCAGCCCUAUUGUAGACUAAUGCAAUUCUGUUCAAAGAUGGUUAUGUGGCCCAGUCCAUGAUUUGUUACUAAAAUACAGUACUAAUAUUUUGUGUAAUUUAAUUAUUUAAAAAUGAUGUUACAGUUGUAAAUCCAUUACUGUAAUGCGUCCAUGAAAACAUUUGAUGUUUUCACGUCAAUAAAGCGUUAUAAAUUAAGCGCUCCUGUCAGGGGGGACAUUUCACGCGGGGCAGCUAUUUUUCGGCACACACCGGCCCGUUGUCGAUCAAGUGUCAUUUUACAAUCGUGACAACGGUGACGCUCAGCUGACCAAAUGUCGGUUUAUAUUCGGGCCGGUGCCGAUUUUUGGUACCCGACUCCUCAUCGUGACAUAAACUGGAGUAUGAUUGGAAAUUUUGUGGUCUCAGGACGAGCUCUGACGCACGGGACGGGACCGGACGGGAGGAAACAUUGGUUUGGGCAUCAAAUAUGGAUCUGGCGACUGGAUCGACCGAAGCUUUUCCAAAUAACGGCUUUUAUGCAACUCAUCCAAUGAGUUUACAGUGUCUGAAAGCACGGUUGCUUCCAUAAUUUGCAGGUGAAUCCACCUUUAGAAACUCCGAUCAUUGACAAUACGGACACACAAUGACGGAAAAUAUGGCAGCACAAUACAGCGAUCACGUGAUUGUGUGACGUUGGUGAUUGGGGUCUAUAGGCCACUGCAGUGACCUUGUUGAUGGGGGUGUAGUGCCUUUAGUAUUUUUUUAAUAUUAUAUGCCCCCAGGUUCCCAGGGCUUUUAAUUGCUGUGUUGCCUGCCUUUUGUUACAAUAAACAUACUGUGGACUAAAGCUGUCGGUGGUUUAUUGGAGUUAAACGUACCUGUGUGGUGACACAAAAACAAAAAAUUAAUUUAUAACUAAAUAUUAAUGUGACGGUCAAAAGACUGUGAUGUUUGCUGCCUGGUUCACAGCUUCUCUUCUGUCUUUGGGCUGUUGCCGCCACCAGGUGUUGACAGUUAUUGCCAAUCAAUUGCGUCACAGCGCCGUGUAAACUGUACUUAAUAAAUUGUUAUUCUACUUUUGCUGCUUUGUCUUAAUAAAUGAGGUAUGUUGAAUGAUCACAAUGGUAGUAUGUCAUAAUCUCAAUGUGAAACAUUAAAACUGUUUAGACCAACCAGACACUUAGACUUCCAUUGUACAUGUCAAACAGCUGAACAUGACAGGUUUAAAAAAAUAUAUAUAUCUUAUACUACUUUUAAUUUAAAUUUUAAAUAUUAUCUAAAUAAUAUCUAACCACAUAAAUAUACAUCUUUCAUUCACAACAUAAAAAAGGGCUCUAACAUAUCCCGGCCCUUAAAUGACUAGGCCUUAACUUAAACUUGGAGCCAUUACCAUUUCUCUACUGCAUAUCUUACAUUGCAAAUAACAUUGCUGUUAAUCUUACUGUCUCUUCUCAGGUUCAGGUACACUGCUGGCCAAAAGUAUUGGCAACCCUGCAAUUCUCUCAGAAAUUUUUCCAAGAAAAUGAUUGCAAUUACAAAUGCUUUGGUAGUAAUAUCUUCAUUUAUUUUGCUUGCAAUGAAUGGGGAAAAAAUUUUAAAUUAUCAUCACUUUACACAAAACUCCAAAAAUGGACCGGACAAAAGUAUUGGCACCCAUUGAAAAAUCAUGAGAUGCUUCUCUAAUUUGUGUAAUUAACAGCACUUGUUACUUACCUGUGGCACAUAACAGGUGGUGGCAAUAAUUAAAUCACACGGGCAGCCAGUUAAAAUUGAUUAAGGUUGCCUCAACCUCUGUCCUGUGUCCAUGUGUACCACAUUGAACAUGGAGAAAAGAAAAGACCAAAGAACUGUCUGAGGACUUGAGAAGCAAAAUUGUAAGGAAGCAUGGGCAAUCUCAAGGCUACAAGUCCAAAGACCUGAAUGUUGUCUACCGUGCACAGUAUCAUCAAUAAGUGUAAAGCCCUUGGCACUGUGGAGACCCCCAAUUUGGCCAAAUUAAAAAUUGUCCUAUAUGUAUGUGUGAUACAUCAUUGGAAAGCUUAAAUCUCAAUUUUAUGGGGGAAGAAAAAGUUUGAACAGGAGGGCAUUUAAAAAAAAAAAAAAAAAAUUAAACAGCAAAACCCUAACUGGACGUGAGAGCACACGAGAGUAGAAUUAAAGACGCCAUGCUUUUAACGAGAUAUUAUCGCUAAUUACCUUCUUUUGAUCAAAAACUCCAUGUAGCAUGUAUGCCAAGUGUCAAGACACAUAUGUGAAUGGCCACAGCCGGAUUUUUGGGGGAUUUCAUAGGUGAAACAUGGUCAUAUAACAAGGGUCGCGAUACAGAAAUCGCAGACAUCAAGGAGUGGUCGAGAUGUUCUUUUUCAUAUAUUUACCCUUUUAAACUUUUUUUUUUUUCUUUUCAAUAUUUCUUUGAUUGGAUCGAUUAUUUAUCAUCUCAAAUAACGGGUGAAUGCGACAGCAACAAAAAAUAGACAAUUAAGCGAUAGUUAUGAGGUACAGUGUAUCACAAAAGUGAGUACACCCCUUGCAUUUCUGCAGAUAUUUAAGUAUAU